UUCAGCUGGGCCUGGUGCUGGAAAGGAACAGGAACACAUUGGCCUGAUGUUCGUGUAUUAAUACUCCAUCACUGAUCCAUACAGACUCUCAUGUCUGAUAUUUAGACAUGGGGAACUUGGUGCAUAUGGGAACAUUGCUGCUCUUUGCCAUAACACUGGCACAAUUAAGACUGGUAAAAAGUCAGGAUUUUGAGACAGAAAUUGAUCCUUUAAGCUGCACCCAAUAUGGCAACCACUACCAAAACAAAGAUGUCUGGAAACCAGAACCCUGUCAAAUCUGUGUGUGUGAUGAAGGAAUAACACUAUGCGAUGAAAUCACGUGUGACGAACUAUUUGAUUGUGAUAGAAAGAUAAUUCCAAUAGGAGAAUGCUGUCCUAUAUGUCAAUCGAGUGAAACAGACCUGUAUCCUGACAUUUCAAGAGGAGAAAAGGGACAAAAAGGUGAACCAGGAGAAGUCCGCAGAGUUGUUGGAAUAAGAGGACCACCAGGCGCAGCAGGACCACCAGGCUCACAAGGAUCAAGAGGUGCAGAAGGGCAGAAGGGACCACCAGGUGUGCCAGGUCCACCUGGACCUGAUGGCGUGCCUGGAAUUCCUGGAGAUCCUGGUCCUCCUGGUCCACCGGGACAUCCCACUCAUCCUGGAUUUCCAGGUCAACUUGCAUCUCAGAUGGCGGGUGGUGAUGAGAAAUCAGGUUUUCGUGGUCAGCUAGGAAUGGUGCCUGGAACGAUGGGUGAAGUAGGAUCAAGAGGACCUCCAGGAAUCAUGGGACCAGCAGGCCCAAAGGGACAGCCUGGCUCACCUGGAGAGCCUGGUGACUUGGGACCAAUGGGCUCAGCUGGUAACCGUGGUCCUGAGGGACCAUCUGGAAAACCUGGUGAAGACGGUGAUGUUGGAAAACCAGGACGCUCUGGUGAGCAGGGAUUCCAUGGACAGCAGGGUUCUCGAGGUUUCCCAGGUGCCCCUGGUCUGCCUGGUAUCAAGGGCUUGAGGGGAUACAUUGGCUUGAAAGGACCUAAAGGUGAACCUGGAGCUGCUGGCCAGAAGGGUGACCAAGGUUCUCUCGGUGCAAUGGGUGCUCCAGGUUCGAAGGGUCCACGGGGUCUUCCAGGUGAAAGGGGCCGAACUGGACCUCAAGGUGCUCUGGGUCCUCGUGGUGCUGUUGGGGCACCGGGUCUGCCUGGUGCUACGGGUCCUAUCGGUUUAAUGGGUCCCCCAGGUUUCCCAGGUCAGCCUGGCGCUAAGGGUGGACCUGGUCCAACAGGCGUCCGCGGGCCUGAAGGACCCCAGGGUCAACGUGGUACACCAGGUCGCCAGGGUAACCCUGGACCUCUGGGCAACAUCGGUCAGCUUGGUAUGGAUGGAACUUUUGGUGCAAAAGGCCCAUUGGGUUCCCCAGGUGCAAGUGGUGCUGCUGGGUUUCCAGGUCCUCCUGGAUCUACUGGUCCAACAGGGAACACGGGGCCUCCUGGGAUCAAAGGUCAAAGGGGAGAACCAGGCCAAAUAGGCUACAAGGGAGACCGUGGAGCUAAGGGCGAGCCUGGCCCACCUGGUCCACAGGGAGCCCUUGGUCCAAUGGGUGAAGAAGGCAAGAGAGGACCUCGUGGUGACCCUGGUCCAAUUGGUGCUCUUGGUGUAUCGGGAGAAAGAGGUUCUCCAGGUAAUCGUGGCUUCCCAGGUCAAGAUGGGCUGCCAGGCCCUAAGGGUGCUCAAGGACAACGCGGUGUAAUGGGGCCUUCAGGUCCUAAAGGAUCUCCAGGUGACCCUGGCCGUCCUGGUGAUCGUGGUCUUCCAGGCGCAAGGGGACUGACAGGAAACCCAGGAGUGCCAGGUGCAGAAGGCAAACCUGGAGCGACGGGCUCUCCAGGAGAGGAAGGACGCACAGGCCCUAUUGGACCAACAGGGCUAAGAGGUUCACCUGGUUCCAUGGGUACAGUAGGACCAAGGGGUAAUAGCGGCGAUCCUGGUAAGACAGGUGAGAAGGGUCCUGCUGGUGCUCCCGGUCAGCGAGGUACACCUGGCAAAGAUGGCGAAGCUGGACCUCAAGGUCACAUUGGUCCAAUGGGCCAAGCUGGAGAUAGAGGAGAACAAGGCCCCCCUGGUCCUCCUGGAUUCCAGGGUUUGCCUGGACCUCCCGGUCCUCCUGGUGAAUCUGGCAAGCCUGGCAAUGAGGGCAUCCCAGGUGACCUUGGUCCAAUAGGCCAGUUAGGUCCAAGAGGGGAACGUGGCAUUCCAGGUGAGCGUGGUUUACCUGGCCCUCCAGGUCUUCAAGGUCCAAGAGGUAUUCCAGGUGCUCCUGGCAAGGAUGGAGCUAAGGGUUUACCUGGACCUGCUGGUAGCCUUGGAGAUCCAGGUCCUCCAGGUCUUCAGGGAAUGCCAGGGGAACGAGGAGCUUCCGGGCCAGCAGGUCCUAAAGGAGAAAGAGGCAUUGGAGGUGAAAAAGGAUCUGAAGGCAGUCUGGGUAAUGAAGGCCCGAGAGGUUUGCCUGGUCCUCCUGGUCCACCGGGUAUUUCUGGUCCUGCAGGGGAUAAGGGUGAACCUGGUUCGAUUGGACCUUCUGGGCCUGUGGGAUCUCGUGGGUCUCCAGGCUCGCGUGGUGAAACGGGUCCCACCGGUGCUGUUGGAUUUUCUGGACCACCUGGCAAUGAUGGACAGCCUGGAGGUAAAGGUGAAACGGGUGAGCCAGGUCAGAAAGGUGAUGCUGGUUCCCCAGGACCUCAAGGACUAGCAGGAUCCCCUGGUCCACCAGGACCUAUUGGUGUCCCAGGUCUAAAGGGUGGACGUGGCACACAGGGACCACCUGGUGCCACUGGUUUUCCUGGACCUGCAGGUCGAGUUGGGCCACCAGGACCAACUGGUGAUCCAGGUCCGAUCGGUCCCUUAGGGUCUCCUGGUAAAGAAGGACCCCCAGGUCUUCGGGGUGACACUGGCCCACCUGGAAAGACUGGUGAUCCUGGCCCUCCUGGAACACCUGGUACCCCAGGUGAUAAAGGCGAAUCUGGAGAUGAUGGUCCAACUGGUCCGAAUGGUCCUCCAGGUCCACAAGGUACAACUGGACAAAGAGGACCUGCAGGCCUGCCAGGUCAUCGUGGGGAAAGAGGAAUGCCUGGCUUGCCAGGGCCUGCCGGUCAACCUGGAAAAAUAGGACCAACAGGAACUCCUGGUGAAAGAGGCCCUUCAGGCCCAAUUGGUCCACAGGGAGCACGUGGCCCACCCGGUGAAUUGGGUCAGGAUGGUAUGCCAGGAAUUGAUGGCACUCCUGGGCGUGAUGGUCGUCCAGGAGAACCGGGUGAUCGUGGUGAUCCAGGGCCUGCAGGUGUUCCAGGUGUACAAGGUGGUCCUGGGGCUCCAGGUCCUAUUGGUCCAACUGGAGAACCCGGUGCUAGAGGUGAAACAGGUUCUCAUGGCCCAAUUGGCACCUCUGGACGAGCUGGAGGGCGUGGGCUACCAGGUCCUCAAGGUCCCCGUGGUGAUAAAGGAGAAAACGGAAUUCAGGGUGAACGAGGUCAGAAAGGUCAUCGUGGGUUUACUGGUUUACAGGGUCUUCCAGGUCCUCCUGGUCCACCUGGUGAGCAGGGUGGUCCUGGAAUUCCGGGGCCAUUUGGUCCACGAGGACCUCCUGGCCCAGUUGGUCCUCCUGGAAAAGAGGGUCACGUUGGUUUCCCCGGGCCUAUUGGACCCCCUGGUACACGUGGCAGUGUUGGCGAAACUGGCCCUGAGGGUCCUCCUGGUGAUGAGGGCCCAUCUGGUCCUCCAGGUCCUCCAGGUCCUCCCACUGCCACCUAUGAGGAUAUUUUGGGCCAUUAUGAGAUAGAACCAGAUACCUUGGAUAUACUCAAUGCUGACGAGACUUCCGAUAGCAUGCCAAAGGAUUCGGGAGUGGAUGCUACCUUGAAAUCUCUCAGUAGCCAGUUAGAAACCAUGCGCAGUCCAGAUGGUUCUAGAAAGAACCCAGCUCGAACAUGCCAGGAUCUUUUGUUCUGUCACCCAGAAAAAAAAAGUGGGGAGUAUUGGAUUGAUCCGAACCAGGGUUGUGUUGAGGAUGCUAUUAAAAUAUACUGCAAUAUGGACACUGGUGAGACCUGUAUUCUUGCGGAUCCACCUGAAAUACCACGCAAAACCUGGUGGAGCAAAAAGAAUGACGAUAAGAAUGGAUACUUAUGGUUUGGUGAGUCCAUUAAUGGUGGAUUACAGUUCAGUUAUGGUGACAAGCAACAGUCCCCGAAUACUGUCAUGAUCCAGACAACAUUUCUCCGUCUUCUGUCAAAGGAAGCUUCCCAAAAUAUUACCUAUCAUUGUAAGAACAGCAUUGCUUACAUGGAUGACCAGACUGGCAACCUUAAGAAAGCCUUGAUUCUUAAGAGUGCCAAUGACAUUGAGAUCAAAGCUGAAGGAAGUAACCGAUUUAAAUAUAGUGUGCUGGAAGAUGGCUGCACUAGACAUUCUGGUAGUUGGGGCAAGACAGUUUUUGAGUAUCGAACGCAGAACACGGCACGUCUGCCAAUUGUGGAUAUUGCACCUGUGGAUAUUGCGACAGAAAUGACUCCUCUUGGAGACUUGUAUAGCACUUUGCCUGCCAUGCUUUGGGGACAGAGCCUCUAUGUUUUUAACUUGCUUUUAACUGGACCAACAUUUCAGCACUUGAAACACCCUACAAAACUGAAUGCCAAUCCAUAAAGAAGGAAGCUUUACUGUUAUGUAAUGUCUUAUCACAACUCUCAGAUUUUUUUUCACAUACAAAGAGUGCCUUUGAAAUGCAGUGAUUGAUGUUUUGUAAACAAUAGUGACUACUGUUUCUGUUCCCUGUUUAUAGUGCUGUACAUAAAUAACAUGAAACGAGGA